AUGUGCCCUCUCACCUGCCACAUGCACCACUGCCAUCGAGACCGCGUCGCCGCCAUGCACCCAGUUUCAUCGGCGUGCAUGCCAGGCGGCACGUUCUAUACGGAGAUCCGCGGCAGCGGUGCUCGCCCCACCCUCAGCACCUUUGACACCGUCGAGCAGCUCAACUUCAACGACUGCGAGUCGCUCACGGAGGCGGAGUUCUUGGUCGGCUUCAACGGCUUCGUCAACGCCGAGCAGCGCCGCCUCACCAUUGCGCAGGAGGAUGAACGUGCCAUGGAGGCGUGGGCCGCCGCCUUCCCGAAAGAUGUCCUCGACGAGCGCGCCUUCUUUGCGCAGAAGAAAGCGGAGCAUAGGGCGGAGAAAGAGGGCAUUCACGCGCGCAAGCGGUUCAUCGAGGCGCAGGAAGCCGGUAUGGCGACCAUCGACAAAAACGAUGAACGUUAG